CUCUUUCUCUCUCUCUAACUUGUAAUCAUGAUUUUGACUCAUGUACUCUCUGAACCCUUAAUCCCUUAUCCCAAACAACCCCACUAUAACUCAUUUUUCUCUCUCUCAAAUCAUAAUCAAAACGAAACCACUUUCAACCAACGUAUUAAUACCUACCCCUAUUAUUUAAGCCCACAAUUCCACCCUCAAAACCAACCAAAACCCUCUCCACUUUUCUUCUUCUCACUCUCUCAGACAUUUCAUCAAACACUUUCCCUCCUUUUCUUUCCUUUCCCUCGCUAACAUGACACGAGCGCUAAGAAUUCUCACUGAAAAUAUCAACACCGCCGCGGUAACAGCGCCGCCGCCGGAGGCCGUGGCUUUGGAGUCAGAUUUCGUUGUGAUUCUCGCUGCCUUGCUUUGUGCUCUCAUAUGCGUUGUAGGACUCAUCGCAGUCGCUCGUUGCGCGUGGCUCCGACGAGACUCCGGUACCGGAAAUUCACCUCAACAAGCUUUAGCUAACAAGGGACUGAAGAAGAAGGUUCUUCAAUCACUUCCUAAAUUCGCUUACGUCGAUAGCAACCCUACGAAAUGGUUGGCGACAACGGAAUGCGCGAUUUGUCUUUCUGAUUUCGCCGCCGGCGAUGAGAUCCGCGUACUACCGCAGUGUGGACACGGAUUCCACGUUGCCUGCAUAGACACGUGGCUUGGGUCCCACUCUUCUUGCCCUUCAUGUAGACAGAUUCUGGCGGUCACAAGGUGUCAGAAGUGUGGCCGAUUCCCGGCGACCGGAGCGGAAGCAACAGCCGUUACCGUUACUGAACAAGAGUCGAAAUCUGCAGAAGACAGCAAUGUUGGUGCAAAUAGUAAUAAUAAUUGUAGCGGGGGUGUUAGUAGUAGUAAUAGUUCUGGAAAUCACAGCCACAGUGUAAACAGUGGGUUCUUGCCUUAAGAACGCUAAAGUUCUAGGUUUUUUUUUUUGUAUUUAUUUAGUAUUAGGUUUUUAAAUAUUAAUUUUUGUACUUUUUUUUAUCUUAUCCCUUCAAGUUGAUCAAAAGAGAUCUGAAUUUGGGCAAUUUUUUUACUCUGUCAUAAUGUGCUCUUUCUCGUCGUGUAUAGUUUUCUUUAGUUGCAUUUUUUUAACGUCGUGUUUUUACGGAAAUAAUAUACUAUACGUUUUCGGUUA